AUGUCGUUCCUCAAGAAGGCGCAACAGCAAGUCGCGCACACGUCCAAGCUUCCAUCACUCGGCAACCAGGAUCUAAGGCAGCUUCAGGACGUCAUCACCUCCGAAAAGAGCUUCAUCCAAUCCAACACCAGGGCCGCAGCUGACUUCAAAAAGAACGCCGAGGCCAUCAAGGCUUGGUCUGCAGAGGAAGGCGCCGAUCUCAACGAUGUAGCCGGCAAAGUAUCGCUCCUGUACGAUCACUAUGCAGCCUCUCAGAACCGUCUCAACUCGCACCUCGCCACGGUGCGUUUGCAUUUCAAAUCCAUCCGCACCCGCGAGGAGGCGCUCGCAAAUCUCAAGUCUCGCAAACGCUCCCUCGGUGCAGACAUCGAAAAGGUCGAGCGCAAACUCGCAAAGAUGGGUCCCGAAAACAAGGAGCUCAUGAAGGUCACCGCCCAGCUCAAGGAAAUGCGGGCAGAGAUGCAGGGUCUUCACAUCGAGGUCAUGAACGAGGACGCUGCCAUUGGCGACUUCAAGAGGCGCACCGUCAAAGAAGCCUUGGGCAUCAAGUCCGGUGCACUCCUCGAAAUGGCGGAAAAGUUGACCAUCCUAGCUGAAGUCUCGAAGCUCAUGUUGGACGAGAUCCCGCUGCAGCCUACCCGGCCGGGCAUGCCUCGCGCCGAAUACUUUGGAUUCGCCAAGACCGAAUCGCUGCUGCAGGAAGCCACCCGAUCCAUCGCAGAUGUUGGAUUCAACCCCACCGGGCCAUCGGCAGGCAUCCCUCGAUUUGGUGACAUGACCCUCGCCGAUACCACCGCCAAUGGUUCCUACGCCAACAAUCCAGACAACGAGGUCUACUACGAUUCCGCGGCUCAUGGCGUCGUUGGCGAUGCGGAUCCAGAUGCCGGGUACAGCCCCUCCACCAACCGCGUGCUCAGCAACGACCAAGAUGUCGCACGCACUCCCAUCUACGCCCAGCACGCCUCUCGAUCCCAGUGGGCGCAAGAAGGUGCCGACAACGCUGCUGACCAUCCCAUUCCGGAUGCUUCCACCAACGAGUGGGCGCAGUCUAGCUACGAGCGCGGGGAUACCUCCACUAACUCUGCUGCCGCUGCUGCUGCUGCCAUGGCCGCCACGGCAGGUGCCGACCUGAACGCCGUACCCGGACACGAUACUCGCAACCAGCCCGAUGGCGGCUUCCUCAUGCAGAACAGCCAGUCCUACAACGGCUCUGCCGGCGGUCUCGCCUCGGCUGCGGGUCAUCAGCAUCAAUUUGGAUCCAACAGGAACAGCGCCGACUAUCAGAGCGCACAAGGAGGUGGUCACGGGAACGCAUCUGGAGCACCCGCAGUUGUUCGUACCACUUCCACCGAGGGUGAUCAUCAGACCGAUGCUGCCUACGAUGGAUACACCGCAGGAGGCAAUGGGUCUCAGGCUCAACAUGACAGCAGCACGCUUGGAGCACCGUUGCUGCCUCCGCUUCGCACAGCCACGCCACUUGACGGAUCCGCCGGUGCACCAGCGCAUCCGACGACGAUGGCAUCGCCCACGACGGAUGAUUCUGCCUACUUCCAAUCCAUCGGCAGCACUCGCGCCAUGCAAGAAGCCGUGCGACAACCCAUUUCUCCGCAUCAGAAUACCAAUCGAGCUUCAUCGUACGGUGCCUUGGGAGCGGCUAUCCCACGACCAUCGUCGACAACCGGUGAAGGUAAAAAAGUGACGGCAGCAGCAUUCCGACGUGGAUUCUCUCGAAAUCCUUCAUCGCAGGCCAACAUGUCCAUCCCAGCUUCGGGUACGGGUCAUUCGAUCUACGAUGACGCUCAACAGCAGCAGGCGUGGUCGUCGAACCCUCUACCUCAACCGCCGAUCAUGUCGUCUACACCGGUACCGCCAGGAGCGUACCUUUCGGCAGGAGGGACGCCCGAUGAGGAGUCGGAACAUUCGUCGGUUCCUCCGCUGCAUAUUCAGAAGAGGUUGUCGGGUGGACCGCAGAAUCCAUUGGGCGUAGCUGCUGCGGCGGGUACGCCCAGGGAGAUGCAGGGAAGGAGAUACAGUGGGGAGCUGGAGGGGGUGGGGGGGAGCGAGUACCCGGCGCCCCCGUAUGGCGGGGCUGCACAGGGGGAAGGUCUGGUCAACCCGUAUGAUCAGCAGGGUCAGAGAGCCGCGAGCAGCAGGUAUGCAGAGUAUGCAGCGCCACCGCCUCCUGGGUACGGGUAUGCGUGA